CACCUGGAAAAGGAGCCCGCCGGGCAGGGCGCCCAUGAAGAAUGAGCUGGGCCUCAGGGAUGCUGGCCGUGGGGAGAGUGAAGUUCUUUGGCAAACACCGUGGGGAGGUCAACUGUUCUGCCUUCUCCCCUGACCACCGGAUCCUGCUCACAGCCUCAGACGACGGCUGCGUCUAUGGCUGGGAGACCCAGAGCAGGCAGCUGUUGUGGAAGGUGGCUGACCACACAGGCCCGGUCAAGUUCUGCUGCUUCUCCCCGGAUGGCCAUCUCUUUGCCAGCUCCUCCAAAGACUGCACCAUCCGUCUGUGGGACGUGGCCAGAGCCAAGUGUGUGCAGGUGCUGCGGGGUCACCAGCGGAGUGUGGAAACGCUGAGCUUCAGCCCUGACUCCAGGCAGUUGGCAUCGGGCGGCUGGGACAAGCGGGUGAUGCUCUGGGAAGUGCAGUCGGGCCGCACUCUGCGCCUCUUGGCUGGACAUCGGGAUUGCAUCCAGAGCAGUGACUUCUCCCCCAGUGCCGACUGCUUGGCCACCGGCUCCUGGGACUCCAGCGUACGCAUCUGGGACCUGCGGGUGGGGACCCCAGCCUUCUCUCACAAGGAGCUAGAGGGUCACAGUGGCAACAUCAGCUGUCUAAGCUACUCGGCCUCUGGUCUCCUGGCAUCCGGCUCCUGGGACAAGAGCAUUUGCAUCUGGAAGCCAGCAACUAGCAGCCUGCUCCUCCGCUUGAAGGGCCAUGCCACCUGGGUGAAGAGUGUGGCCUUCUCUCCUGACCAGCUGCAGCUGGCCAGUGUUGGCUACUGCCGCACGGUCAAAGUCUGGGAUCUCAAAACAGGAAAGUGCAUUGAGAGCUUGAAGCAAGGAGUCCUGGAUGUGGCCCACUCCUGUGUCUUCACCCCAGAUGGGAAACUCUUCGUGUCUGGAACUGCUGUUAGGAGGUGACAAGGCCACUGCUCAAGUUACCCAGCC